GAGUUACCUGCAGACUCACCUACCGACUGGCAACCGGUCCGUCUGCGCUCUGUUGGUUGACAACUGUGUAGUUUACAGUCUUGGAUUUCAACGGUUCAACUGAACAACAAGCGGCUACAAAUAUCGACGAGUUGCUGAUCGGGCUGCGAUGGUGGGCUGAUGCUGCUGCCCACGUCGGUCACCUCGCACACCCCGUCAGGAAAACCCCACUGUGGAUGCCUUAAACCAUGAGUGUUCUGCGAUCUCCGUCGAGGCGAGCCAAUGGAGUGGCCAGAUCAGACAGCAAGAUCAGCGCCAAGGCCCUCUACGAACAGAGGAAAAAAUACUCCAACUCCAAUUAUAUCAUGCAUGAGACGUCGCAGUAUCAUGUUGAGCAUCUCUCCACGUUCAUUAUGGACAGGACAGAGUCCAUUACCACAGUGGACGAUGCCGUCAAGAAACUGGUCCUUCUGGACUCAAAAGACAAAAUCUGGACCCAGGAGAUGCUCCUGCAGGUCACCGACAAGGCGGUCAGGCUGCUGGACUGUGACACACAGGAAGAGUUGGAGAAUUUCCCUCUUCCCACAAUCCACAUGAGUCAGACGGUCCUGAAUCAGACACGAUACCCCUCCGUCCUCCUGCUGGUGUGUCAGGACAACGAGCAGCACAAACCCGACAUCCAUUUCUUCCACUGCGACGAGGUGGAGGCGGAGAUGGUUCAUGCAGAUAUUGACAGUGCCAUUGGAGACAACAAGCAUGGAAAGAAAAUGAGGCUUCAGACUCUGAAGGUGAACCAGGAGAAAAUGAAGCGUCACAGAGAAACUAUCCUUCCCCGCUCGGCCCCUAAGGGCCCCUCACCUGCUGUGAAGGGACGCGCGGCAGCCAUGAACACGCAGGAUCAAAGAGCCUCCAGACAAAAUGACCCAGAGUCACACGAAAAACUGGCCCAACGCAUCGAGAAGGAUGUGCAAAUCCUCAAUUGUUCCCUGGAUGACAUCGAGAUCUUUGUGGCGCGGCUGCAAAAGGCUACGGAGGCCUUUUCUCAGCUCAACCAGCGCCACAAGAGUAAGAAGAAUAAGAAGAAAGGACCAGCAGAGGGCAUGCUGACCCUGCGAGCCAAGCCCCCCACUGAAGCAGAGUUCAUUGAUAGCCUGCAGAAACUGAAGCUGGCCCUCAACCUCUUGGCCAAACUGAAGAAACACAUACAAAAUCCAAGUGCGUCUGAGCUGGUUCAUUUUCUCUUCGGCCCCCUGGAGCUGGUGCUGCAGAGCUGUGGGAGUCCUGAACUUGUGCGUUCAGUAAUCUCCCCUCACUUCUCCAAAGACACGGUCGACUUCCUGCGGGGACACCUCACCCCCAAAGAGAUGACCAUCUUUGAGCUGCUGGGGGAUGGAUGGACCAAACCUAGAGCGGAGUGGCCCAGAGAUCAGUGCGCGCCUCCUUAUCGCCCUAAGUUUCGUAAUGGCUGGGAGCCGCCGUUGGAGCUCCUCAGGACGGCCCCAUGGGAAACAGAGGGACCCACGGGGCCACUGGGGUCUCCUACCAGCCCCGAUUACAGAAAACACUCAGCUGAAGACUAUUAUGGAACACAAUCCUCAAGCUCGUCAAAUGGGUCUUACAAUGGGAUGCCCCCCACUCGCAAAUAUGCCAAAAUUCGCUACCACUUCGUAGCACGGAAUGCCAACGAGCUGUCAGUGCUGCAGGAUGAAAUCCUUGAGGUGAUAGAGGAUGACAAACAGUGGUGGAAGCUACGGAAUCGCAGCGGUCAGGCUGGCUUCGUCCCUGUCAACAUCCUGGACGUGGUGAAGAUCGAGGAGCCAGAAGCCGUCUACAACCAGCCAGGCUACAGUACGUCACCUCCUGGUUCUCUGAGCCAUGGAGACAGCUUCAAGGGUAGACCCAAAGACAAAAUGAUGGACGAGGUCAACAAUGAGUUAUUGAUGAUGAUCACCGCGAACAAAAGCCAGCCGCCCGCCAGGAAGUUCCGCGUGGAGCGACCAUCCAGCAGCCAAGUACCGCUCACCUUUGACUCAAGCCAGGAGCAGGUCACUGCAUGGCUCAGCGCAAAGGGUUUCUCAAAACCAACUGUUGAAUGUCUGGGGAUCCUGACUGGAGCUCAACUCUUUUCCCUCAACAAAGAAGAACUGAAGGCGGUGUGCGGGGAGGAAGGCGGCCGUGUCUAUUGCCAGGCCACCGUGCAGAAAGCACAGCUGGAGAAGACCAGCGACUCUGAGCUGCAGGAAAUCAUGAAGCGGCGGCAGGAGAGGAUAGACUCUGGCAACAAAGACUGAGCAGCACGACCCUUCCAGAAGAUUAUGACCCACAGUAGAACAUAAUGAGAUGUUGUAUACAUUUUUAAGUGUGUAUUUAUUUUGUAUCACCCAAUGUGUAUGUAUUCCAGUGUUUUCUUUUCUUUGGUUGUCACAUUACAUUUUGUUGUUGUAUGAACAGAGGAACAUAUGAAUCUAUGCACUGUGUGUGUGUGUGUGUGUGUGUGUGUAUGUGUAUGUGUGUGUGUGUGCGUGUGCAUGCGGGUGCGUGUGUGUGGGAACAUGUGUAAGCACAACAUGCAUGUAAUGUACAUAUUUGUAUGAUCAGUGUGGUCAAUUUUUAUGCUCAUUGGCGAUAUUCCAGCUGUUUACUGAAUGACUAAAAUAAGUAGAUCUUAGCUAUCGCAUAUCUAAAUCUGUGCCAGAAUGUUUGACACAUUUUCCGAUAUAUAGCCAAUUAUUUUCAUAUUACCGUUUACCGGUAUAAUAAAACACACUCUGUGUUUCAGAAGUAGUCUCAUCCUGUUGGUAACUGCAGAUCAGCAGUAGGUAUUAACAACAUAUUGUUGCUGUUAUAAUCAGAAUUCAAUUUCACAGAGAAACUGUCAAUAAUCUUGCAUGAAGUUAUUGUCAAUAACUGUGAGAUGAUGUGAUGAAAGUGUUUUUAUGCAGCAUGAUAUGUCGCAGUGUAAACUGCACAGGCAGGAAUAAUGAAUUUAUGAGAUAAUGUGAUAUAAAAUAAUUAAAUGAAAAUACAGGAAAAACAUUUUAAAGACAGUUAUAAAUAUUAUGGGAAAAAUUGUUUAAAGUUAAUAUUGUAAAAAAAAAAAAGUGCAAAUAUUUGAUAUUGUCUCUUUUGUUUAGAAUUCUUGUGUUGGUCAUUGGAUUAAUAAUAGCAGAGGUGGAUAAACAGUCAAUACUUUUCCUUUAUUGUAUACUGUAAGAUAAGAACAAGAGUUGCAAGUCAAGAAGUAAGUUAAAAUUAAGUGCAGUAACUAAUUCAUCCUCAAUUACACGGGACUUGUAAUUUGUCCGUGUAAUUGUCUCAUUUUAUUGUUCUGCUUCACAUAAAAAUAUAAUGAAAAUCACUGUAAAUACCUCACAAUCAGUUUUCACAAUUGUAUUCAUAACACCAUACGACUGUUGUUCAAGACACUGUAAGGCAAUUCAGAGAAACUCUGCGAGCACUAAAAACCCGGCACAGGAUCUGAAAAAAGUGAACUAUAAUACCAACACUAAGAAAGAUCAUUCACACAAUAUCGACUGGAUUAUAAAAGCUAACAGAUACAAUCAAUAUAUGAUGCAGAAAAGGAGAAAAAAAAUGGCGCUCCUUGUCGGUACAUUGCAGAUAAUUAAAGUUGUCAUUUGUGGAGAUAUGCAUCAAGCCAGAGGUCGCCAGAGUUUUUCAGUGACCUGAAACAAAAAUACACAUGACACUCUUCAGACAAGCAAUCCAUCGCUCAACAAUUUAGAUUUGGUCAUGACAAUAUGUAUAUCUCAUUCUGUCUUUGUUAUUCUGCCAGCUGCACUUUGUUUUGCACGAUGAACAACCUCCAACCUGUCUCAUCAGAUGAUAAACUAAUAUUCUUGGACUUACAUGAAAACAUCAGCGAGGCCUCGCCACAUUGUUUUCACCUGGUAAGGAACGCCAUGUUUCUCACACAGCGCGCGGACCUGCGGGGCCACCACGUGGUAGUUGUGGCGUGGCAUCGUGGGAAACAAACUUCAAAGACAAAGGGAACAGAAGGCGUCAAUCAGUGCCAAACGUGUCUCAACUAAUGGGUUUUGAAUUUAAAUAUAUAAUCAGAUUAGUCAUUUAAAAAGAUACUGUUUGGUAUGGAGAAGGAUGGCUGGAUUCACCGUUGUUUCACAAUGUCUGAAUAGAGUUAAACCAGCUUACAUCCAGUAAAAAGCAGUCAUUUGAUGUCCACAUUGGCUGUUCAUUCUAUUGUAAUUAAUACUGAACACAGAGGAAGGCAUUUGUCAAAAAAUAUGCUUGUAUUACAAAGACAAAUACAGCAAAUGUGAACUUUAAAAUACUUUUUACAAGUGCAAUUCAAUCCAAUGUACUUAUAUCAUCCUAUACACAGUAUAUAUAUUUCACAGAAAUGACAAAGUUCUCUAACUCUCAUUUACAGAAUAUUGGCAGGAAAUAAACACUGCAGUCCUAAUGUUUAUAUUUUACAACAGAACAGUUUAAUCUUUUCUCAGUUAAUAUCAUCAGAAGGAUCAUGUUGUGUUUUGUAGUUAUCAAAUGCACAGGGGCUCCAGAAAUGUAACCCCUACAGUUUUCUAUUUUCUUUCAGUCAUAGUUCCUAAAUGAAACAGCUCAAAACAAGGUGUGUGGAUCAUCUUGAGUAACCGGGUCAGGAGCUCUGAAGAGAGUUUUUCAAAUGUAUUUGUAUCGCUUUGAUGGUGCCAUAUAGUUAUAUAUUAUAUUGGAGAGAAGACAGAUAUCUCUCCAGCCAAUAUCUCCAAAACCUCAUCAGCUCUUUUAAGCUCUCCUACUGCAUGAUGUUUAUGUUGAGUAAAAUAUUAAAAUCAUGUGAUACACAUUUCUC